CAAACAACACCCAUACUCAAACACAUACACAUACACAUACACAUACACACCCACACGCAUUGCGAUGGCACCCGCAACGGCACGAACGGCGAUUGCGCUGCUGUCCAUCAGCAGCACGAUUGGUUCGGCCACGGCGUUCGGCAACCCCGGAUGCUUUUCCGUUGCUGCUGGUUCUGUGUCGUUCGGGUGGAAGACAUUCUUUCCGCGAGCAACACCGGCAGGGUGGAUGGGAGCGAGGACAGGGUCAGGGUCAAGGACGAGUGCCRUGCGCCCCGGACGCCGGGGUCGCAACCCCCACGGCGAUCGGCAKCUGUUGUUCCCUUCGGAUGGCGUUCACGCUUCUCCCACCGGUCUGGGAAUGGCGGGCCAGGAGAACGACGUUCCGGUGGGAAGAACGGGGGACGGGGGCGAUGUCAGUGAUACAACCAGCAACAGCAACAGCAACAGCAACAGCAACAGCAACAGCAACAGAGACUACGGGAAGGGGCUGCUGGUCCUCGCGACUGUUCCGAUGGCCUGGGGAACCUUCGAACCGGCCGUGAGGCUGGUCUACAGGUACGAGCCGUCGAYGCCGCCGCUCGUCUUUUCCUUUGCCUACUAUUUCGUAGCGGCCUCGGUGCUAGCRAUUGCUGCGGCGRUGGGCUCGGGAUCGGGAGGCGCGGUKUCCCCGCGAGCCAAAACCAAUGCCGGACCAACCGGGUCCUGGUCMGCGGGACCGCCCCCGUCCGUCCGCGGGGGGAUCGAGCUGGGCACCUACCUGUUUGUGGGGAACGCGCUCCAGGUGGUUGGGCUGAAAACGGUCCCGUCCGACCGGGCCGCCUUUUUGCUGCAGCUGACGACGGUCUUUGUGCCCCUGCUCAAGAGCAUCACGGUGGCCGUUCCACCUUUGUUGUCGUUCUUGUCGCCGUCGCCGUCGCCGUCGCCGUCGUCCUCCGAUGCAUCCACCCACUCUGUUUCUUCCGGAUCGGCCGGGGUUUCGCUCCAGACGUGGAUAGCUUGCCUCUUGGCCCUCGCGGGGGUUGCCCUCCUCGGGCUCGACGGGAGCGGCACCGAAGCCGUCGCAGCCGGCACCCGCUUCCCUUCCCCCGACGCCCUGCGAUCGGCCUUUUCGGAAGACGACGGGUGCAUCGUCCUGGCCGCGGUGUGCUACACUUUCCACUGCGUCCGGCUCGAAACCUACGCGAGGUCGGCCGUGUCGGCGAUCGGCCUGGCCACCGCCAAGGCCACCACGGAGCUCUUCUGGAGCGGCGCCUCGGUCGCGGCCUGCCUCGGCCUCGCCGUUGCGGCCGGAGACGGGGGCCUUCCGCCCGAGACCGCUGCGGCGGCGGCUUCGCUCCUGGGCGGCCCGGUGGACGCGGGGGAGCGCAUGCGGUCCUACGGCUUCGGUGGAGCAGCCGGCGGGCACUGGCCCGCGGUGGCGGGGGCCACCGCCUGGGUCGGUGCGGUCACCGUUGCCUACACGAUCUACGCCCAGACGUACGGCCAGUCCAGGGUGGCGGCGGUGGCGGCUAACCUCGUCUACACCAGCCAGCCCGUCUUUACGGCCCUGGUGGCCUACCUGGUUCUGGGGGAGACCCCCGGAGCGAACGGAUGCGCCGGUGGGGGGCUGAUCGGGGCGGCCGUUCUGUUGGUCAUCGCGGGGGAAGGAGGAGGAGGAGGAGAACAACAACAACAAGAACAACGACCCCGGCAAAUAGACAAGGACUGACCGACCGACUCUGCCACCGAUCCACGAUGGUCUCUUCUCCUUUCGUCUUGUGCAGGUGGCACCGUACCAGUUCAAUUGAAUGAUGGCAACAAUUGCGAACAAGUGAGACGUGUUUUUCGAUUUCAGCUGGAUGCCCAAAAAAUCGAAGAAUAGUGUUGCGAGGAUCGAGUCAGACGUGCAUCUAGUUUUGUCUCGAAMGACGGAAAGUGUUGCCGCUAACACACGACUGAA